ACCAGUUCGUCCCGAUACUGCAGCUUGCGACCUUUAACCCCCUCCAAGCUGAAGUAGACGUAUAGACGUAAACUGCAGAUAUGGCUUCCUCUCUACGUCCCGGGCUCUUCAGGCAAGUCUGCGCAAAGCCUCAAUCAUCGCAGCGCAUGCUAUCAACCUCCACCACCUCCACCAUCAAUCGCCCGCUCGCCCAACAGCUACGACCAGCAUUCCAGCGCUCAGUCAUCCAGCAAUCCACACGCAUUGCCGCCUUCCACGCUACCCAGCGCAACGCCAUCUUGCCCCCACUACCCCAGAAGAUUGUCGGUACCGCAAACGACCCCACGCCCGUACCCGACCCAGACUACACGCACGGAAGUUACCACUGGAGCUUUGAGAGAAUCGUCUCUGCUGGUCUCAUUCCCCUAACCGUUGCGCCCUUCGCCGCUGGCUCGCUGAACCCUGUAACCGACUCCAUCCUCUGCGCUCUUCUGGUAGUCCACUCGCACAUUGGUUUUGAAUCAUGCAUCAUCGAUUACUUCCCCAAGAAGCGCGUCCCCAAGACUCGCGCGGCCGCCAAUUGGGCUCUUCGCGCUGGAACCGUCGCCCUCGGUCUUGCGCUCUACUCGUUCGAGACGAACGAUGUUGGUAUUACCGAGGCUGUUGUUAGGCUGUGGCAUGCAUAAGCGGGUUUGGGAUGUAUGAAUAAAUACAAGCAUAUUGAGUGAUUUUACAUGAAAUACAUUGGAACGAUGAUUUCGUUAUUAGUGGUGUGUUUUGUGAUUGUGUUAUAGUCUUCAUCCCUCAUGUU